CCACCUGAGCACCGGCACCACCCACAGUCUGCACUGCCAAUUUGAUGUGUCAAGUCUACUUUUAUCGUUGGUGAAGCAGUUCAUAAAGCACCAUGGCGAUAUUGUGGAGAGUUCAAGAUAGCAAGGCAAAGAAGUACAGAGUUGACCUGCUGUUCAUCAAACGGCUGGCUGGGAUCUUCAGAAUCUUCUUCCCAUCGCUGAGAUCGGCUCACCUGGCCCUGUUUCUCCUGCUGCUGCUGGUGUCUGUCGGGGCCGAAGUUGCCAUCUACUACGUCGGGCUGAUCCCGAGUGAGUACAACAAAGUUCUACCAGUUAAGAACUUAGGGGGCUUCAUUGAGACAACAUGGAAGUCCAUGCUCUACAUCUGUCUCAUUGCACUGAUUUUGAGUGCUCGAACCUACAUCAGCAAGAUGCUGUACAUCCACUGGCGGGAGGCCUUGUCUCUGUUCAUCCACAAACUGUACUUCAAAAACUUCCAUUUCUACCAGCUCAACGUGCUGAAGAUAGACAACAUUGAUAAUCCGGACCAACGUAUCACUCAAGAUGUUGAGAGGUUGUGUAACCAGUUUAGUAGCAUCGUUCCUCUACUGAUCGUUUCGCCGUUCACCAUCACGUUCUACAGCUACAGUGCCUGGGCUGCCACAGGGUACAUAGGACCCAUCAGCAUCUAUCUGUACUUCAUUGUCGGGACAAUCAUCAACACCUUCCUGAUGGCUCCUGUGGUCGAGCGGACGUACAGACAAGAGAAGCUGGAGGGCGCGUACAGGUUCAAGCAUGUGCAGAUCCGCUCCAACGCGGAGGCAGCGGCCUUCUACGUGGCCAGUCACGUCGAGAGGGAGAAGACCAACAAGAAGUUGAAACGUCUCAUCGACACGCAGUCCAACCUCAUCAACUUUGACUUCUGGCUGCAGGUGUCGAUGAACUUGUUUGAUUACAUCGGUAGCAUCCUCAGCUACGUGGCCAUAGCUGUGCCGAUAUUUGCCGGGGCCUACGAUAAACUGGAUUCCGACGAGCUCUAUAGCCUUAUCAGCAAGAACUCCUUCGUUUGUAUGUACCUGAUCCACUGCUUCUCCCAGUUGAUUGAUUUGAGUAAUAAAGUCACAGAGAUAGCAGGCUACUCUCACAGAAUUGGUGAAUUAAUAGAAUCACUAAAAAUGCUGUCAGACGGUGACACCCAGCAACAUCAAGACAGAGAUAGGUCAGGAGCCGGGGGCUUGAUCACUAGGAUCAAGUACAGGUCAGUCCAGGUGCCAGACCGCCAAGGCUUGCUUGGCGACACCAAGGAAAGGACUUGGCACGAGCUGCAAGACUCGGGGGAUGAGAGCGGGAGUGAGGUGUCGACCCCGGGUGACCGUGUGGCCUACAAGCUGGACCAGGUGUCGGUGGCCACGCCCGAUGGCAAAGAAGUCCUCAUCAAAGACCUCUCUCUUGAGAUCCGAGUGGGCUACAACCUCCUGAUCUCGGGACCGACUGGCAGCGGCAAGACGUCCAUCCUGCGAGUCCUGCGCGGCCUCUUCCGGACGUUUGCCGGCACCGUGGCAGUGGAUAAGGGCCUGACGCCCGACGACGUCAUGUUUGUUCCCCAGAAGCCAUUCCAAACAGACGGAACACUCAAAGAACAGGUAAUCUAUCCCCAGAGGAUCUCAACUUUGGAGAAUCCUUUUGACGUCGAUAGGAAAAUUAUGGAGAUACUGGAUCGUGUGGGAUUACUGCAUCUCUAUGAGAGGAUAGGCAGCCUGGAUAAGGAUGUUGACUGGGACUGGAGCGACGUCCUGACUCCGGGCGAGAUGCAGUGCCUGUCCUUUGCCAGGCUGUUCUACACCAAGCCCUCUUUUGCCUUCUUGGAUGAAGCCACCAGCGCCCUCACCCUUCAGCAGCAGACCAGGUUCUACACCCACUGCAAGUCCCUGGGAAUCACGCUGAUCAGCGUCGGCCACCGGGAGAGCCUGAAGCAUUUCCACGACGCCCAGCUGGUCGUGCUAGGCGAUGGGUGCUGGUCCCUCAAAGACGUAGUCGAAGAGGGAUAAUCAAAUGAAAUGGCACGGCCGUCUUGUGACAGUGAUUUAGUUAAGUCCUUCACAAGUCAUUCAGUCUUAAGCCAAGUCACAGGCUAUUCAAAAAUGAACUUUGAUAAAAUAACUCCAUUCAUCCUGUUUCUUGUGACCGCAUUUGUGACUGGACCUUUUAAAGGAGAUUUGAUGGGCUAGAGUACAACACUGUCUUGUUUAAUUUGUUAUCAACCUACUGUGUAUGGUUGUGCUUUGAAAGGUGCCAUUACGUUUAUACGCACAGAGCAAUGACCAGAUUCUGCCCAGGAUUGAAUGUUUAUUUGCGUGUACACAGAUAUUGAAGGGGCUAGAGUAAUGGUCAUGAGUAACCUUUGAUUAAGAAAAAAUUCUGAAUUGAAAAUUCUUAAAUUUCCUCAUUAUUGAUAUUGUCUCAAUGACAUCUUCCCAACAACUUAGUAAUGGUUCUACCUUCCUCCCUUCCAAAAGGGAAAGGUCAUUAAAAAAAGCGAGACUUGCUCAUACACCUUGGGUUUGUCAUUCCUUUUUUUAUUAAAAAAAGGGGAAAACAAUGCAAAACUUGUCAUAAAUUCACAGAAAAUGUUCAGCCUGCUUCCUCUGUCUUCCAAACAGCCCCAGGAAUUGCACAAGAUUGUUGUCUCGUUAUUUCAACACUACAGCCACCAUUUCAAGACUGUGGUAAUGUUGAUUGUGACAUUUCAGAGACUGUGAAAGUGUUGAUUACAGCAAUUUGACACUCACUAAUUAGACAUUGGUUACAUGACAAAAUGACCAAUUUUCGACAAUGUGACAUUCUCAGUGUAGCUAUUGUGACAUCCAUGAUUGCAACAUUGUGACAUUCACAGUUUCAACAUAAUGACAGUGAUGAUUGCAACACUGCAAAGUACCAAAUAUUUUUCACUUCACACAUAAAACUGAGCAAAACUGAAGCUAUCAGAUACCGGAAAAACUACAGAAAACAAUUUAUUAGUUGUAUUCAAAUGCAUCAGCGUCAAGAACUUAAAUCAAACCUUAACUCUAAGUAAACUUCAUUUCUUUUGUGUGAUAAUCACUCAUUGGAAAGAAACGUUCAAAUAGAAGUAAUUAUUACAAAUAAUGUUGUGAAGCAAAGAGCUUUUAUCUGAGCAAUCUUUGAGUGCCUUUUGUAAAUGCAUUAUCAAACGUUUAACCCAUGCAGCAAUGGAUGCAAAACAGAUUGCUAAAUGUCCCAUUACCUGUAACGGGUGCUUUAAGCCAAAAGGGUUUGUUAAUAUAUAGUUGAUGAUAAAUGAUGUGUGUGACCUAACUCUGUGGCAUUUCUUGCGGUAUUUUCUAGUUUUUAGUGAAGUAUUUUGGGUUUGUUGUCAAGUCUGCAUUCUUGACCAUUAAAAAUGGUGAAGCUAUUAUGUUUGAAGAUGCCACCUUUCAAAUUGGCAUGGUAAAUGCUGGUCUUGUUUCAAAGGAAAUGGGCCAUUAUGCAAAUAAUGACUGUUUUAUGAGUACAAUUGUAAGUAUGAUUUCAUGUGGUGACAUAAGAAAUGUUCCGUUCUAUGGGACAUUUAGCACAGCUGCUGCGCCGCACUGUCGCCACACUCAUUUCAAUUACUUUGGCACGGCAGUAGCAGGACAUAUAGCCGAGGCCUAAAUCACCCUGACAAGACAGUAUCAUGACCCAUGUGAAUUUACUUGAAGGCUGUAGUGCUAGGCGUAAGGGAAUAUUGAUUAAGCUGUUAGAAUGUGAGUGUUGUUUGAAAAGAUGCCUUGAUCCCCUUUUGCUUGAAAUGUGACAAUUUGUAAGUUUUUUUAAAUGCUGGCAUAUUGAAUCUAACAACACAUUGAAUUUGGCGUGAGAAAAAAGGGAAAUCUUGUUAAAGUUGCAGCUCCGUGGAGAAGAGAUUUGACACACCAAAACCUGUAGUUUUCUAAAGUCUGCAUGUUUUCAGCAACAAUGGGCCGAACUGGCCUUCUAAAUCUACUGCCCAACUGAAUCCUGUGCCCAAGAUAAACUAAAUGCAAAUUCCAGUUGUUACAUGAGAUGUCAGACUUGGUUGGUCACUGAGACCACUGUCAAAUGGAACAAUGGGGAAACUUAGGAUGAAAUAAAAAUCCUUUUAUUUAGAUAUUACAUACUGAUAUUUUUAUUUUGCUUUUUAAAGCAAGCAACAUCAGUCACUUUAGAAUUACUUGAUAAAAUAAUGUCAGCUCAACUGUGUAGUGCUAUGCAGCUUAAUUGUAAUGUUUUAAAACAUCCCACCAGAUUAAAAGAAAAGUGGUUGUGUUUUAAAUACAUUAUAUAGAUAUUAUAAUUCUACCUUUGGUUACAAUUCCAAAUAUAGUCCCAGUAUAACUGAAAGUUAUAUCAGAUAGGCCUACCAUAAUGAAUGCCUCAAUAUCGCCUAUAGAUACCUGAGUGUCUGAACAUGGUGAGAGCUAAAGCUGUUUA